AUGGUUAGGUCGCAGUUUCUCCUGCACAUUGGCAGGCGCUGGUUAAGCUCCAGCCCGAACUGGAAUGCAGCCUCCAUCCGUCAGCUUCGUGACCUGACGGGUGCCCCGGUUAUGGAGUGUAAAAAGGCAUUAGAACGGUGUGACGGCAAGCUGGACGCAGCACUGGGGCUUUUGUCAAGCUACGCAGAGACCGUGAUGCGAAAGAAAGCGCAGCGCAGCACGAGGAGUGGGCUCAUUGCACUGGAGGUCGCACCUGAUCAACGGUGCGGUGCCAUGGUAGAGAUCCGUUCCGAGACGGACUUUGUGCACCAGUUGCCUGUCGUCCAACGUGUUAGUCAGCGCGGACUAGAGCUGCUCCUGCGCGGAGCGGUAACCAAUGUACAGGAGCUGCUUGAGGCAUUGCGCGACGAGCUACGAGAAGCGGUCGCAAAGACUGACGAGAAUCUCACAGUCCACCGGGGCAUCCGUUUGCAAGUACCGGACACGUUUCGGGACGGUCGAAUAUAUUCCUAUUUGCAUAAUCACGCACGCGUUGGUGUUUUGGUUGCUUGCUCGGCACCGUCGCCACUCGGCCGACAGGUUGCAAUGCAUAUCGCUGCAAUGAAUCCGCAGUACGUUUCCGCGGCCGAUAUCGAGCCGUCCGUCUACGAAAGCCUGAUGCCUGCGGAAGAUGAAGCGUUCCGCGCUCCUCGGCAAUUGGGUGCCGCGAACGCUUCGCCUCCCCAGCGCAGAAGUGUCAAGUUCGAAGCGUUCAUCGCUGAGCGCUGUCUCCUGGACCAAGUGCUUGUUACCGACUCUGCCGACGAACGCUCUCGCAGUCGACAGCGAACAGUGCGCGAAGCUAUCGGUCCGGGGAUUUCGGUGUUAGCCUUUGAGCGUUUUGCACUCUAG